AUGACUCUGAUGAUGAAAAGCUGUUUCGUCUCGCUGACCAUCCUGUUUCUUUGGCGAGUGGAAGACGGGGCAGAAGCCUGCAGCUGUUUCCCUAAACAUCCUCAGAAGAUUUUUUGCGAGUCAGAUGUUGUUUUCAGGGCAAUAGUCAUUGGAAGACAGGAGAUUGGCAUUGACCCCAUGAUCAAAACAGUCAAAUAUGAUGUCAAAGUGACUCAGGUGUUUAAAGGCCUUACUGGGAAUAUUGAUGCAGUCUACACUCCUUACCACUCUGCAACGUGUGGAGUCACUCUGGACACUGAUGGAGGAAAACAAUACCUUAUCACAGGCAGACUGGGAGAUGAUGGGAAAGUGCAAAUCUCACUGUGUGACUUCAUUGGGCUGUGGGAUGACUUGAGUGCCGCCCAGAGGCUGAACCUGGUUCAGUGUUAUGAAAGAGGCUGUGGCUGCACGAUCACCCCAUGCCUCUCUCUCCCCUGCAUGAUCAGCAGCACUACAGAAUGCCUUUGGACCGACAGGGUGACUGGGGACACUGCCCAAGCCAAAAAUUAUGCAUGCCUCAAGAGUCGCGAUGGUUCAUGCUCCUGGUACAGAGGCUGCACAGCACCGCAGCUGGGCUGAUAAUCUCGGCAGCCAUA